CACAUGACAGCUGACAGCAGUGUGAUGUGGCUGGUCUUCUUCUCUUUUUUUUCCUCCCUCACUCUAAAAAUGAUGGUCUCGAAACAAGACGCCGGAAUGGGUCAACGGUCCCAGUACGAUGUGUGGUACCACCGUGUGUUUCCAGGGGGACCAUAUAGCAGGCGGACGUGUAAACAUUACACGCCUGCGGUACACUGCCGAGCAGUGAAGUAACCCGGCUCAACGUGUAACGUUUCGACCAUGGGUCCAGGAAAUGUGAUAAGAGUUCAGUUUAGCGAGCCCACUGAAAAAAAACCUAAGCGACUCAGCUUGCUGCAGUUUACCACCUGGGUUUAACGGUGCUGCUUAACCCCCGUUACCUCGUCAGACCCGGCGUUUAGUGAAGAUAUGAAAUUACUCCUCCUUGCUUGUCUCAGCCCCAAAACUGGGAACAACACAACAGCUGAGAGAAUAAGGUCCCACAUUGAAUCAGCAGGACACACCUGCGAGCUCAGAGAUGCAGCCGCAUUUCAAUCUUCUGCUGAGGUGGCCGAUCUAAUAUCUCGGCAUCCUCCAUUUGAGGGUGCCCUGGCCAUUCAUCUGUUUAGAGCAGGCAGUCUUCUCUUAGACAUCCAAGUACCCUUUGGUGUUAUCUUUGGCGGAACAGAUAUAAAUGAAGAUGUGAAAGUUGAGCAGAAACGUGUGGUUAUGGAGCGGGUGCUACUGAAAGCCAGGUUUGCGGUUGCAUUUACAGACAAACUGAAAGAAGAAGCAAAGUUAUUUUUGCUGUCCCAGAGCUGUAAAAUCUAUGUCCAACCGCAAGGCAUCCAGACGGAAGUCAGUGAGAAAUUCUGCUGGACUGAAUUCUUGAGGAGCUCAGGUUUAAGCGUUGAGCUCACGCACGAGCUGCGCGUCUUCCUGUUGGUCUGCGGCCUCAGAAGAGUCAAGGACCCCCUCUAUCUGGUGGACGUUUUCUCAGAGUGGCAUCGUGAGAACCCGCUUAAUGUGUUGGUUGUGAUUGGGCCACGGUAUCUGUUCUCAAACAGUGGUGUCAGACAAAAGAUUGACCCCGUGUUUAGUGUUGAAGUGGAAGCUGUUGUUAAAAAAACAGCGGGGGUCUUCUUGGCCGGGGCAAGGAGCCAACGGGAGCUUCAUGCUGCCAUGAAGAGGUGCUUCACCGUGGUCAACAGCUCCGUCUCGGAGGGCAUGUCAGCGGCCAUUUUGGAGGCCAUGGAUCUCGGGGUGCCUGUGUUGGCCAGAGACAUCCCAGGAAAUGCAGCCGUAGUGCACCAUGAGUCCACUGGCCUGCUCUACUCGUCUCCUCAGGAAUUUUUGCAUCAAUCUCAGAGGCUGUUGUCAGAUCGCGAGCUGAGAGAGAGGUUGGUGAGGAAUGGAAAAGUCUACGUCGAGGAGCAUCACGGCCUGGGACAAGAGAGGGAAACCUACCAGCGGCUGGUGGACACCCUCCUCUCAGCGUAGGGUCACAGCGUCUAACCCACACAGGAACUGCAGCGACAGAGAGCGGGCCGGUUCACUGGUCUAUUUAUUUUACCUUUAAGAAAUCAGGCUGCAAAGACAUUGUAAAAAAAUAUGUAUAAUUGAUCUGCUCUGCCAGAUUUCAAUAAUGCUGCAGAGCUCUUUAAACCAAAGAUAUAGAUAUGUUUCUCUUGUUAAUAUGUUUGAUGUAUUUGAAAGUAAUGAAGUACGGUUAUUUAUGGUUUGGUGUGAAUAUAAAAUGGUUCUUUGUUCCACUGGUUGUUUUUGACAACAAUUUAAAAUGGACAAAACACGCCAGAUCUGAAAAUGUAUUUUCAUUCUGAUUAUUAUCCUUAACAUUCUGAAAGUGCUGUUACACUUGACUUUUCUUUCUAGGUCUCUUCUUGUUAAAAGGGUUCCAGUCUAUACUACCAAAUUAUUUUUUCAUUAUUUAUUUAUUUUACUCAUUAAGGGGCUGUGCAAACCGCAUUUGGUUUAAAUGCCAGAGGCCCACAAAGGGUUCUUGUAAAUUGCUGUUACAAAGGUUGAUUUUGGUUGCCUAGGGAAAUAGGACUGUUCUCUCAGAGCUUUGCGGUAUGCAGUAUUUAUACAUUAUUAAGUUACAUGCACAAUUUCUAUCAAAGAUCAUAUGCCUCUUUUUGUCAGUACUUAACUGAGAAAAAAAAAAGUGAAAGGAAAUAUUCAAGACAAUAGUGUUUUUAAUGAAAAAUUAAUGAAAAGAAAAUGUACAACGAAAGGGAUCCAUUUCAGUUAGAAGAAUGCUGGAUUAAAGCCACAUUCUUGGUGAAAUAUAUAUUUCAGGUUCUGCAUUAUAACGUGUAAUUAAAUACAACUUUUUUUGGGGUACUUUUUAACUGUUUUUGUAAUGUGUAACAACAUGUGAGUGAAAAUAAAUUUGAGGAGUUGCUAUCCACAUGCUGCAUUAACAUCUGGUGGCUUUAAACAUUGUGUAAAUGAGACUCAUCUGUUCGACCAUCUCGCAACCACGCUCCAAUAUUUACAAUAAUAUACAGUACAUGUACAUGUAAAAGGCCUUGAUAGGUUAUGAAAUGU